UCUAUCUACAGGAUCCUGUCUCAUGGAGCUGUUGUCAAAGGCUGGACUAGAAGAUCAUUAUGAAAACAAGCUGACGUUAAGUACUGUCCUUGAGAUAAAUGCUGAUACUACAUCAGAUGAACCUCUUACCACUAUGCAGUCACUUCCAGGGGCCUUCCUGAAGAAAUUAAUGAUGGCAAAUGUGAAUGCUAGGAGUGUUAAAUGUCUGACCACUGAACAGGAGGUUUCCUAUUGUGGUGUAGACAACCUGGACACUGACUCUGAUAGCAGCGAUGUCAUUAAUCCACUGGACCUGAUCACAGCCCUGUUUCUGUGUUCAGAUGGUUUCCUGCAGCAGGAGAUGGUCCAGAAAAUGUCCAUGUGUCAGUUUGCUGUUCCUCUGCUGCUGCCCAACUGUGACACAGAACACAUCACUUUGAUGCUGUGGGCCUUGAGGGACAUAGUGAGGAAGUUUAGAUCGUCUUCCCAAACAUCCACAAAGACUUUUGUGGAGGAGAGAAUAGUUCUCUCUGAUAUUCCUAUGGUGUCCUUUGUUAGGCUAGGGGAGAGUAGCUUGUCCAAGUCUCAGAUCUUGAACAAGUUGCUUAGUAACCCUCAACAGUACCAUGAUACAUUUGUUCAUGAUGAUAUGGAAUGUGGCGAUGUCCCUCGGCAAAUCUCAGAUGGUCUGGUUGAAAUCAGCUGGUACUUUCCAUGUGGGAACAGAAACAUAGACACGUUCACUAAGCCUGUGUCUGUUGCCAAUCUCAGAGGAGACAUCAAGUCCUUUGAAAAACAGUUCUCCUUUCUGUGUCAAACAUCAGCUGCAGUUUACAUUUUCAUUGAUGAUUUCGAGGCCGAUUUCAAGGUUUUGGAAGGCAAAGUUACAAAAACAGAGUUAUUUCUGGUUGUCAAUUCUCAGAAUAAAACAUUCAGGGUGGACACAUUGAAUAAAAUGAUCACAAACUACAGUAUCAACCCAACAAAUGUGAUUGUGAAGAAGAAGAAAAAUGAUGUACAAUUUGUCAAAACCCUGCAGUCCUCUGUGGGUGACAUCAUUGAAAAAAGUAAAAACAGAUUGACAAUUGAAAACAUGGCUGACGUGGCUCAUCAGUUUGGGAUUCUGGUUGAUGAAGACAGGGAUGAGUGUCAAAGUGCCAGGAAGACAGCAGGUGACAUCACCAGGAACAUCACAGACACAAUUCAAUUCAAAGAUGAACAGCUACCCUUACAAGGAACAAUCUGGAAAGAGCUUUCCCAGUUGGAGAAAGAGAGAUGUAGACUGAGAAAAGCAGGGGAUCAAACAAUUGAACUCUACAAGAGCUCUCUGAAGAAAGACGAGGAAGAGUUGAGGAAGAAGCAACAUAAAUGUGACAUGUCCAGUGCAAUGACAAGAUUCAUUUCUGGAAUGUCAAAAUCAGGACCUGAGAGAUCCUAUUUCCUCAAAUGGAUGCAGAUAAAUCUGGACAAUCUGUCACGUAAGAACAUGUCUGGUUUGCGGGACCGGUACAAAAAUCUUUGCCAACAUUCUCCGGAGAAAAAAGAUGACAUUAAACAUUUGGAUAAGCAAUUAUCUGACUGUUCCUUAGGUCUUGAACACUUCCUGCGUGAGUUGGGCCAGUUAUAUGAAGCUGCCUGCUCCCUCCCUGAAGACAGUCCUAAAAGGAAACAGAUGGAGCAUCUCCCUGGAUUGUGUGCUCAGAUGCUGUUGGAUGGUUUCCCCAUUGAGCUUGUGGAUGGAGAUGCAUCAAAUAUCCCUCUGAAAUGGAUAUCAGCUGUUCUGACUCAGCUUCAUACUCUUGUCCAAUCCAAUAGCAAGAUCCGGGUUGUUACAGUUUUAGGGGUUCAAAGCACUGGGAAGUCCACUCUCCUCAACACCAUGUUUGGAGUCCAGUUUGCUGUCAGCAGUGGAAGAUGCACCAGAGGGGCCUUCAUGCUGCUGAUUAAAGUCAACAAAGAACUCAAGGAGGAGCUGAAAUGUGACUUCAUCAUGGUGAUUGACACAGAGGGGUUGAAAUCACCAGAGUUGGCUCAACUAGAUGAUAGUCAUGAACAUGACAAUGAACUGGCCACACUGGUGAUUGGACUCAGUGAUGUCACUAUCAUCAACAUCGCCAUGGAGAACUCCACAGAGAUGAAAGACAUUCUACAGAUUGUUGUUCAUGCUUUUAUCAGGAUGAAGGAAGUGGGGAAGAAGCCGAUAUGUAAUUUUGUGCACCAGAAUGUGUCAGACAUGUCUGCUCAUGACAACAACAUGAGGGACAGGAAGAAGUUGUUGGAACAGUUGAAUGAAAUGACCCAGGCAGCAGCCAGAAUGGAGAAGAAGGAGAAUAUCACCAAGUUCACUGAUGUGAUGGAGUAUGAUCCAGACACAAGCAGCUGCUACAUCCCAGGACUCUGGCAUGGGACUCCCCCUAUGGCUCCAGUCAAUGCUGGAUACAGUGAGGCUGUGUACAACUUCAAAAAGACCUUGAUGAAAGAUUUUGGUAAAUGCCAGAAAAAUGAUGACUUGACACAUUUCUUGAAGUGGACACAAAGCUUGUGGGAUGCAGUGAAAUUUGAGAAAUUCAUCUUUAGUUUCAGAAACAGCUUGGUUGCAGAUGCAUACUCCAGAUUAUGCUCGGAGUACAAUAGUUGGGAAUGGGCCUUCCAGAAGGAGAUGUAUAAAUGGAUGGUCAGUGCUGAAACUAAAAUGUCCAAUAUUGGCAUGUCAGAUCAACAUCCCCAGAGGUCCAUAAGAGAUGUGCUACAAGACUUAAUGAUAGAAGCAUCUGAGAAGCUUUCAGAGGGAGAAAAGGAAAUCCAAGACAAUCUAGUAAAAUACUUUGAAAAGGAAGAUGGCCAUGUCAAUCUUGUCGAAAAAUUCAAGGAGGACUUUGUGUCCAGUGCCAAAACUCUGAGAAAGGAGAUAGAAAACACAGUGAGAAACAACCUGCAAGGAGCUGUUGAAAUCAAAGAGGGAAUGACAGAACUGAACAACAUCAAGAGCUCUCAGGCCAGUACAAUGGAAAAGCAGGUUCUGACUCUGCUGCAGAUCUGUAAAAAUAAAGAAUCAGUUCUAUCAGAUGAGGCCCUCAGUAAAGAGUUUGAAAUCAUGUGGAGGAACACUCUGUCUGAGAUACACUUCAAAGGACUCCAAACAAGAAAUGUGGCUCAAGCUGCCUUCCUCAUGUUACGUGAUAAUCUGACAAUGAGGGGGAGUCAUGUCAACAAGAUGUUGUUUGGAAACAGUCUGGUGGAUUGUGGGAGAAAAGCUUUUGUUUUGGAAUCAGACAGUUGGUGGCAGCAGGCUAAAAACACAGUAAAGCACUGGGAUCCCAACCAUCACAGGAAAAAACUACAAGACAUCUGUGAUGACAUCAUGAGACAGUGUCAGGAAUUUGUAACCCAGAGGGUGAAAAGCAAGUGCGAUUACCAUGACACUCACAUCAAAGAACUGCUUAGUAUAAUUGACAAAACAUUGCAUCAACACACACAAGUGAAAGCCAGUGAGGAAUGUGAGGUUUCUCUCAAACAACAUAUCUGUGGCAGAGCAGCCAUAGAGUUUCAGAAGAUGCAUGAUGAUUUCAUUGAAGUCAAUGACCCAAGGAAGUGUCUGGAAAAGUCUAAGAACAAGUACCUUACUGAGUUCAAAGACUUGUUUCAUAACCGAGACCAGUGCCAAAAGAAAGCCAAGGAGUUCUCAAAGCUCUUACAGCCAGCUGUACAGGACUAUGUGACCAAAAUGAUUGGUCCUGAUGUGGUUGAUGAAGUGAAGACAGGUGAAGGGUCACAGGAUUACAGCACAAGAGGGGCUUUCCAGUUUUCCAUUUUGAAACAGCUCUUGACAGAUGGAGAAUAUGAGAAAUAUAAAGAGUACAUUAACCAUUAUGAAAGCUUUGUGAAGGACCGGCUGUUUGACCAAAUUGUCCAACGACUUUCAAAGGACAACGGUCUGAAGAAACUAGAGAUAAAACAUCUGUCAGAGAUAGUCAAAGUCAUAAUUGCUGCCAUUUCAAAUGUCAGCGAUAAAGCUAAUGCAAUUGAUAUCAAGACAUUCAUUAACAUUAUUUGCGAUGCUCUUGCAGAGAAGCUUGUCUUUCCUAAAGAUGCUCUGGAUUCCAUUCUGAUGCUUAUUCUUAAAGAUGCAAACACAAAGCAGUUUGCUGACUUCCUCACAGAUUUAGUGGGAGAAAUGGAGAAGUCACUGGAAGCUGAGUACAUCAAGGGAGGAGACAUCAAAGAGAGACUCAGAUCUCUGCCGUUCAAGCCUCAGGACGAGAUGUUCACCAGUCUGUUUGGCUGUGGAGAACAAUGUCCCUUCUGUGGUGUACCUUGUGAAGCAGGGGGGAUAAAGCACAAAACACACCAUGCCUCCAUUCACCGUUCAGAAGGUAUCAAUGGUUAUAGGGAUCGUUGUUCACAGAAAUUAGUAAUAGAGAUAUGUUCAUCUCUUGUGGUUAGUGACACAUUAUUCUCCAAUGCCAAGACUGGAGGAACAUUUCACCCCUACAAGGACUACCAGACACAUUACCCUGACUGGUUAAUAACUGGAGAUUCCAGCAUUGAGGCUUCAGAUUACUGGAAGUAUGUGAUGACCAAAUUCAAUGAGAACAUUGCUACAGACACAUGUGCACUCCCUGCAGAUCUCCCAGGGGACUGGAAGGCUUUAACACCCGAUGAUGCAACGAAGAGCUUGAAAAGGUCAUUCAACAUGAAAUAAAGUGGAGUACUAUAUAAUGACUUGCUGAACAAAAACAUGAUUGAUUUUUCAUAGACUUAACAACCAGAAAUGACAUAUCACAGAAUCAACAUAUGUAGAACCAGUCGUCUCAAUAAAGUUUUUGAAAUAAUGUGCAGAUCUUUCAAUACCCAAUACAAUGAAAAGAACAACUGCAGCAGGAAAAACACAUUUGCAGAUGCAUUCAUAAACUAUGUAACAUCUUAGGAAUCUACAGAUCAGAUGUUCCAUAAUGAAAUAGCUAAAGGAGUAGGAAUACAACAUUUAAUGUCAAAAUGUAGAUGUAAGCAAAACGCUUCAAGCUACAUUCUGAACACCAACAAAUCAGUAAAUCUGAACACCAACAAAUCAGUAAAUCUGAACACCAACAAGUUAACCAACAGAUUCAGAGGUGCUUUACUUGCUAAUGUCCAUAAGUAAACACAAUACACAGGUAACUAAGGAGCUAGUCUAGAUAAACACAAUACACAGGCAAAUAAGGAGCUGGUAAUUUAAUUUCUGUUAUAAUAAUUAUAUUUCUCUCAUGUACUUACCAUCUAACCUAUGGCUUGAUAUUCCUUAAUCACAGAUUAAUGAUUAGAAGUGACUGCAUGGUCGUUUAGUGGUAAACGGUUGGCUUGGCUUUGGUUUUUGUCAUUUGACAUUUAGCAUUUUAAUCUUAAUGUAAUUUUAUUGGGAAAAAAUGCAUUAGUUUUUUUCAUAUAGAAGGUAUUAUACAUUGAUUAUACUUUGAAUAAUUUAUUUUAGCAACAAUGAUUACUAAGAAUAUUUAAAAUCUGUUUUUGUUGGACCACAUCUUAUGAUUUGUUCAAUGACGUGGCCGGUUUUGAAGGCAUUUUCCGACAUCCUCAGGAUGUCUUGAGCGAUCUGCCUGGAUGAUGAUGUUGAUGAUGAGGAUAUCAUUUUGUUGUUGAUGAUUUUUCUUUUUGUUUUUGACAUUCUUUUUGUUUUUGUUAUUGAUGUUUAUUUGAUUUCUGUAGUUGAUGACAAGUAUGAUGAUGUGAGAUGGAACUCUGUAGAGACUGGAGGGAAUGACUUUCAGUUGGUCAAAUUAUAACCAUGAUGAAGACAAAAGUUGAUAUUGUAUAUGAUGUCUUACAAAUGUUUUUUUUUUGUUCUGCAGUGAACACAUACAUACUUUACAGACAUGUUGUGAGAUUAUGCAUAAUUUGCUUCCAUUGAAACUAAACAUACCUUUUCAAUUUGCAUUAUCUUGUAACUAGAGAUGAUGAAUACAAAUCAGUCAGUUAACAAAACAUUAUUUGUCUUAAUAACAUGGUUUGGUUCACUUGGAAUCUGUUGUUGCUAUAACAUUUUUAUCAGCUAUUAGACAAAUAAUGGCACACAAUGUGAGCAUCAUGUGUCUCAGAGUAGAGUGCUGAUCUAGGAUCAGGUCCUCCCUGUCCAUGUAGUCUUAUUCAAUGAGAUCUAAAAGGCUAAACUGAUCACAAAUCAGCAACGUUACUCUGAGAUGCUUAGUACAUUAUUCGGUCCCUGGUGAUCAUAAACAUCAGAAUUGACCAAUAGAUGGCAGUGUGGGUAUGGCAUAUGUGGAAAUGUAAACAGACCAAUUGCUUAAAAAUCCCUUCUCUCCUUGUCUUGUUCCCUGAAUCUGCACUGAUUGGCAGAUCAGUGAAGGAGAGGACUGAUUUUCAGAGGACUGAGAAAGAGCCAGUGUAUAAGUGUAUAAGGGUUGUGUUGUGUGUUGAAUAAAAUAACUAGUCAUUGGUUCUAUAUUUAACCUAUAUAUAUUCUCAAUUAUUAUAAUGCAAUAUAUACCCAAUAUAUGUAUCCAGUAUAUUCUAUAUAUUAUAUGCAUGCACUGUGUGAAUCAGUAGAAUGUUUAUACUGUGUUGGGAUCCUCACUCUGAAAUCAGAAUCCACAUUUACAACGGUCACAGACAAGCUGGCAGAGAAAUUCCUCUAUCUGCUCAUUCUGGACCAGUGAAAACACUGACCAAGACAUUCUGGAACCUGAGUUGUUGACCAGAUAGUUUUAAGUACCAUGUCAGUGCUCUUAGUACCAUGUUAGCUGUCUGUAAAACAUGUUUAUGCCAUAUUUAAGUAAUUUUGACCUGUCAACUCUAUAAUUAUCAGUUGCAGUGACGGCCGAGGAACCUUCCAAUGUCGACCAAUCAAAUGUAUGGGUGGUUUUGGGCCGACCAAUUGUGUGAGUUGGCAACAUAAAAUACAUGUAGAUCUUAACAUUGUCAAGGUGUUUGUUGAAGUGCAACCCUUCCACCAUGUUGUAUUAAAAUAAUGUUGGACCUGGA